CAGGCCCUCUUCUAUACUAUAGUUUCUUCUCAUCUUGGUCCCUUCUGACAUCAACAUAAUAACCACAGCAUCACAACAAUCAUUUAUAACUACCUGCCUGAAGUAUUGAAACAAGGUUAAUAUGCUUUUCUCUCCAAUGGUCCUGUCUCCUUAGGGAAUUUUUAAUAAUACACAAAGUAGGAUAUUUUUAAUUAGGUGAUUAAAAUUUCAAAUGUUUCUUGUCUAACCUUCAUUAUGCUAUUUUAAAGGUAGGGUUUUCUACUGCAAAGCAAGCAUGGAGGUCUUAAAGAUUUCAGGUCACACAGACUGUGUUGGCAAGGAUGGUUUAGGUAGAAGGUGAUCUAGGUGCUUUUCAGUAUAGGCUGCAAAGAAGAAAGACCAAAGAAUAAAGGUGUAGGUCAGAGGGUUAGAGGUUAGAAGGGUAUUUUAAUUUAUAGCUGUAAAUGAAGGACUCAGAGGAGCUCAUUCAUGAAUGGAGGCCUUGGGGCCCCAAAUAGCCAAUGUAAGACACUACUUGAUCUGUAGCAGAAUUCAAAGGGUAGGUGUUGGCUCAAGGAACCAAAGCUUGAUUGGUUGCAGUUGACCCUUGCCAAAAAACAUUUUCCAUUCAGGCUCCAUAUAUUCCCCACCUUGGCAAUAGCCUACGAAUUCUUUAGUGUAAGAGGAAAACAGCAGGUAGAUCUGAAAGUUUCUUUUCUUUGAAUCCAGAUUAACUAAAUGAAUCAUGGUAAAUUGUAGGACAUUUAUACCAAAGUAGCCAAAUUUUCCAUAAUUAUAUUAAAUUCAUACAGAGGAAUGAAAAUCACUUGGCAGAAUUUUCACAGAUCAGCAGUGGGACUAUGAGUGGUUUUUAUAGUAUGCUUGUUUGACUAAAAUUUCUGAUUUUUGAAGCAAUGAUUUAAAUUGCUUUUGUAACAUGUACAAAGGUAAGAACAAGCAAGCUUAAUAAAAUAAAUGGUAAAACAGAAGAAAACUGUAUGUUUUUUGGAGAAUUUCUACUUUUCAUUUCUUUUUUUUUUGCUAGCAAAAGCAACACAGAAUAAUCUACUGAAAAUAAAUUAUAGGUACAAAGCAGACAGUUAAAAACAAUCCUUAACUUUGGAAAAUUGAUUUGAAAAUGUAAACUUGCAAAAAUAGCUAAAAAGUGAUUGUGAUGGGGGUGCUGUUCAACUGUCAAGUUACCAACAAUUUUAAAACAGUACCCACACUGAGAAUAUUGUUUCUUAAAAUAAUUGACUAUACACAUAAAUACGUAUAGUAGCGGUAAACAGUUGCUUAAAGGUAUAACAAGAACAGCUCAAGUAACCAUGGGCCCAGCACUCAGUUCUAGAACAAAUUAGUGCAGGGACUUCUAAAACUCCAUGAUGAUACCCACUCUUAUCCACUUUCUGCCUUCCUGAAAUACACACUGAGUAUCUUGGACUGUUAUCACUUUGUAUCGUUCAACAAUAUGCUGCUUUUAUAAUAUACAUUCAUAUAUAUUAUACACUACUAGGUCUACAGAUGUUGCCAAUGUCAUUCAUGUUCUUUGUGGUUCAUUUCCAUCUGUAUUGUACAGCACUCUCUGCAAAUCUGACAGUCUCCCCUUUCUCUUUCUACCCUUACUUGCUCUCACUGUCCUUCAUCUUUUCUCUCCCUCCUAUCUUUCCUCUCCCCUCUGUGGGUCCUAACCAAUCAGCAUGGUUGAAAGCUUCCUCCAGGAAUGGGAGUUGGAAUAUGUAUAUUUUUAAAAUUUAAUAGAAGAUUUUGCAUUUAUUUCAAGCAAAUUACAUCUUUGUGCACCACCAGCAGUAUGAUCUAGAUGAUACAUAUGGGUUGGAUAAAUGUCUCAAUGGGUAAAAAUUUCUUACUGGGUAAUGUGAGGACCUGAGAUUAGAACUCUAGAACUCACAAAAGGCAAAGAUAAUGUACACCUUUAACCUUGGUGCUUGAGGAGCAGACAGAGGUGGUUUGGAUCCCUGGUCCUUGCUGGCCAUCGACUGAAACUAUAAGUGUAAGUUCCAGGAUAAAUGAACAAUCUCUCUCUCUCUCUCUCUCUCUCUCUCUCUCUCUCUCUCUCUCUCUCUCUCUCUCUCUCUCUCUCUCUCACACACACACACACACACACACAUACACACAGACCACCCCACAUUGACUUCCCCAUACCCAUUCACUCAGACCCACCUACCAAUACACUCAUAAAUAUGCAUACACAUAUACCUAUAAAUACAGAACAUAACACACCUGCACAUAAAUGCACAUACAUACAUGCACACACACACAUAUGUGCAUCCCACAGCCACAUGCAUGUAUGUUCACAUACAUACAUAACACAUGUCUACAUGUAUAUAUGCACACCCCACAUGGAUAUGACUAUACAUAUACGUGUGCACACACAGACACAAGCUCCUUUAUAUCCACAUGCACAUCCACAUAUAACUAUCACAUAGACAAACAUUCUCACACAUGCACAUACACACCAUUAAAGGACACAAAAACCACACACAUGCACAAACAUAUAUACCAACAUAUGCACAGGAACAUACACAAAGAUAGUAAGAGUUUUCAUGUUAUAGAUGUGAGGUAGAGCUUAGAAAGUAUCUAAACCUCUUUGUAUAGACACUAAAAAACAAGGAGAUAUAAAAUUGAAAGGCAGGACAUCUAAGUGUUAAUAUACAUUAAACUAUAACCAUGACAAAGCCAUGCAAUAUGAAGCAAACACUUCAAAUAGCAUAUAAGAGGAAACAAUUCAUAGAUUUUAAUUUACACACUGUUUACCUCUUCCUAUGCUUCUGGACAUAUAUCCAUGUGCCUUCUGGUAUGUCUCUACACUACAGUUUUACUCUUUAGUUAAAGUGACAAUAUUUGUGGAUAUGACAGAGGUUAGGAGUCAAGUAUCAUGCUAUGUUGAAUUUCUAAGACACAGAUGCUGAGAUUUGCCUGAGGGAGUCACAGGAGCAUUUGUAGGUGAGAGAGGUAAACUGCAUUGGGCAGAGGGAGAAGCUGAACUCACACAUUAGUAGUAGCAGCUGCAGAAGCCCCCUCAGGUCCCCUCAGGCUUGGAUGGCUUUCAGUUGUCCAGAGAUGAGGCACCCUUUCCAGAAGUUAACAGUUGCCUUCAAGCUGAGUACAAGCAGCAGUGUGACCUUGGGCAAGGUGUCUCCCUUUGCAGAAGAUGAUUCUGGUACAAAACUCAGCUGUCAGUAGCAUGUACUCUUAGUUGGGGCGGUGAGCAAUGGGUUAAGGGAUUGAAGGUCAGGGUGGUGACAAUUUCCAGUGCAGUUACAAUAAACAGUUACUGAACCACAACCACACAGAAUAGGUAAGUCAGGGGUGAGCAGAAAGUGGUUUGUGGCCAUCCUAGAAGACAGGGUAGAAAAUAUUUGAAUGAUUUUGUGGUAAUAUGCUUCAUGGAUUCAGGAGAUAUAUCUUGGAGUGUCCAAUUUUUUUGUGUGUGGGCUGGUAUAUAUUUUAAAGAGCUUUGUGUUGUCCAGAGAAGAAAAUAAUGAAACAGUGACAAAGACGAAGAACUUGGGAAAUGCCAGAAACUGAGCAGGGAAGCCAGGGUGGUUGGAAAGGUAAGCAAGCUUAGAAGAGACUUUUAGUAAGACAGCUGCUUUCACCUCUGUGCUUCUGUUUUCAUCAUUAGAGCUGAUUCCAUUCACUUUGUCACCAGGAAGUGGUGUGGGGUAAUGUGGUAAGAUUAGAAUUUGGGCUGUGGUUUCUGCCGGCUCAAGUUCAGGAAUCCUUUUUGUACAAUGUGUUAAUCAUAUAACCUUAACGAACCUAAGCCUCUAUUUACCCAUUCUCAAUUUUGAUGUAACAUAAGUGAGUUAUUAAUCACUUGAAAUGUUGACUGUAACUAUUGAAGUUAGAGGUUCAGAGACAGUGACAGCCCAAGCCAGAAAAAGUUACCCAGACUACAGAAGUCUUGUAUCAUGUCCUGUGUGAGAACUCCCAACCAGACAUUUUAAGGAAGAAUUUUAUGUCAUCUUUAAAUAAAAGACAAAGAAACGAUGAUGACACAAAGUAAAUAUGAGAAGUGGAUGCAUAUGCAUGUGUGUGUAUGUAUGUACAUAUGUAUGCAUGCAUUUUUAGCUAUCAACAAAGAGAAAAGAAACGGUUGGUAUUUGGAUAUUACAGCUUUAUUGACAUAAGAGUGAGGUGUUGGUUACCAAUAUGCAGAAGAAAUUUAAUUAGAGAAUCAGGGUGAUGCUCUUGAUAUCAGGAAUCAAUAAACGAUAGACUGCAUUAGCUUAUGAGAAUCUUGGUGUAUUAGAUACCUUCAUAUUUGUGAUGUUCAGGUAUGUCAUAUGAUUGAUAAAAUAUCCCGGUCUAUUCACAGGAGGACACAGGAAUCAGGUGUCAGAGACAGAGAUUCUAUCUUAUGCACACAUACAUGCAUACAUAAAUGCAUGCAUGUAUGCAUAUAUGCACACACAUGCACACAUGCAGACACAUACACACAUGCAGACACAUACACACAUGUGCGUGUGUACACACAUGCUCAUACCAUGUUGCCGUGCUUUGUCAUGGCCUGAGUAUAUCCCAAUGACUCGGUGCUUGUCCUUGUCUCUCCGUUUCCUGCUCUUCUGCCCUUCCGCAGCCUCUGUAACUGUCAGUUCUCUCUUUUAUCCCCAGCUACAUUAACUUUUCCAUAAUUUUGUAAAUCUUAUCCCACCUGACAAGCAAUGAGCAAGCAGAAGUAGAAAGUUACUAACUGUAAAGAGAAGCGCAACAGAAGGACCUGUCUUUUACAUACAGAAAUGGUGUGAUGGAUUCUUAUCAUUAAAAGCUCAUUAGCAAGUGAUUAUUAUAAAUGUUGGGCUGUAAACUGGAAAAAACCCUGUUAUUAUCCCCAUGUAUCCUGAAUUUCAGCACAGGGGUGGUCCUUGCAUAUAGACUUCCAUUGCAGAAUCAGAAAUCAACUGACUCCUCUUACAGUCCGCAUGUCCUUACAUCACCUCUGACUUAUCCUUUUCACUAGUGUUCUGAGUAUGAAUCACACUAAACAGACAUGGUAAGCAGUCAUGAUGAGUUGGGCAUGGGAUGGUCUUAUAGAGAUUAGUAAAACUCACACACAAGUAACAUUUGUAGGCUGACAUCUCAGUAUAUUACAUUCUCUUUGCUCAUUGUUAUUUUUGAAACAUGGACUUAUCUAGCCCAAGUUGUCCUUGAAGUUCCUUUGUAGCCAGAGAUGGCUUUGAAAUGAUCUUGCCACCCCCACCCUUUAAGUGCAGCAUCCUGGCUGGCUUGAUUUUUACAUUGUUUAUUAACAAUAUUUGAAGAUGUCAUAUGCUCCUAUAGCUUGCAAUUUUAUGAAAAUAGAAACAACACAAAAGAAUUUCAUGAUACUAGUAAUGGUGCACGGCAUUUGCUGGAUGUUUUACAUUUUUCAGUUAACAUUUCUUAGUAUUAACUAUAUAAACUCAAUGUUCAUAAUGACUUCCCCCCAUAGGUACACUCAGGUACUCUCAUGGAGUAGGUACUUCAGAAGGCCACGAGACUUAAGCUCACCCAAGUCGAUGUGUAUUUUCAUUUGUAUGUUAGGGUAGCAGAUCUCACGAAUCUGUGUCUAAUGCAACUAUAAUAGGAUGACCAGGGAAUCCUGACUUUGGGCUUGGAGGAUUUAAGAAUGAUUUUAGAAGAAGAGAAUUGUAAAGACAGAUCUAGCUAUGGUAAGUAAUUGAUCAAAUAGAGGGGGAUGGAAAGAGUAGCAAGAUUUUUCUCAAGGCGGCAGGACUCAGUAUAGGGGAUUGAGGGAUGUGGAGGAAGGCCUGACCACUGACCUGAGACUACUGGACAAAUUGUCCCUCAUGCAGGGACAACUCACACCAGAAACAAGGCCUGUGUGCAGGCAGAAGGUAAGGGGAAUCUUCUACAGGGUAGCAAAACUGUCUGACCCUGCAGUUUCAGAAGCUUAGAGCUUUCUCGAAGGCCGUUAUUUCUGCUUUGUCCCUCUUUCUGUUCAUCUUUUUCAGGAGAGUAUGGCCGAGCAUACGUCAAGUAACCUAGACUAGAAGUCAGGAAAUGAGGGGUGAAAAUCAUAGGAAAAUGAGGAAAUGACCAACUAUAUGUUUCCUAAAUCUGAGGAGAGCUUUUGAGAUCUGAAACCUUCCACUCUCUGGCUUUACUGAGUUAUAUUGGCAUAGAUAACUGGUAUCAUUGCACAUUCUGUGAAUAAUACAAAGGCAGUUGGCAAAAGAGAGAGCAGAGGGCUUGGAUUCAGAAGACUUGAGGUCAGGCCAUCUAGUCAUCCUUUAUAAGCUGUGUGGCAUCAAGUAAGUGAUUCUGCCUCGAAUCCCAAUUUAACCUACAACUGCUACGGAGCUGGUGUUUUCCAGGCUGAUCCUGAGUCUGGGAGAUGGAGAGUGACUUUCGGGAAAUGCUGUUGUUGACCGGCCUGGACCACAUCACGGAGGAGGAACUGAAACGGUUCAAGUACUUGGCCCUGACUGAGUUUAACAUUCCCAGGAAGACACUGAACAUUGCAGACAGGACGGAGUUAGCUGACCAACUAAUUCAAAGUGCAGGAGCAGCAUCUGCGGUGGCGAAAGCCAUUAGUAUUUUUCAGAAGUUGAAUUAUAUGGAUAUUGCAAAGGCUCUUGAAGAGAAAAAGAAAGAAGCUGAAAGUAAAUAUGUGACAAAUACAAAGAAGAGAGGAACACAGAAAGUAGAAAAUAGAAGUCAAGCUAAAAACUGUUCUGUUGCUUCUGCCACCUGCAGUGACAAAGACUUCAAGGGACACUCUGCUACAGAAGUCUGUCCUCAAGUUAAGCCUCAGAAGAAACAGAUGGUGGCAGAACAGGAAGCCAUCAGAGAAGAUUUACAGCAAGAUUCACUAGUAGUCAUGGUGCUGAAAGCUAUGAAUCCCUUUGAGUGUGAGACCCAGGAAGGAAAACAAAAGAUAUUCCAUGCCACAGUGGCCACAGAGACAGAAUUUUUCUUUGUAAAAGUUUUAAAUGCACAGUUUAAAGAUAAAUUUAUUCCAAAGAGAACAAUUCAAAUAUCAAAUUAUCUCCGUCACAGUUACUUUGUGGAGGUCACCAGUUCCUCAGUUGUGGUUGAUGUUGAAUCUAGCCACAAAGUCUGCGUUCCUAAUAACAUUAUGAAGAAAGCUGGAGAAACUCCUAAGAUUAGUAAACUGAAAACUCUGCCGUGCGGGACAAUUGUGAAUGGCUUAUUUAAAGUCCAGAAGAUAACAGAGCAAAAAGAUAGAGUAAUAUAUGGCAUACAUGACAAAAGAGGGACCAUGGAGGUGUUGGUGCUUGGAAACCAGAGCAAAACAAAAUGCGAGGAAGGAGACAAGAUUAGACUCACUUUCUUUGAGGUGUCAAACAAUAGAGGGAAAAUUCAGUUGAAAUCUGGACCCUGUAGCAUCUAUAAGGUUAUUAAGGCUGCAAAGCCCAAAACUAAGGUGAAAAGUGUGGAGUGAAGUCAACUCAUCUCAAAAGCACUGUUCUGAAGAAUCCUAAUUCUGCUUCUUGAACCAGACUUAAUUAACUACCUGAGGAUAGCAGUUUACAGCCGCAUAUUCCUAUUAUAUUAGUAAGAAAAGGACAAACACACUCACACACAAAAAAACCCAACUGAAAAUGUAUUAUUAAUUAAUUAUUAUUAAUUAAAUUAUUGCUUUGUCUAAGGGUUGGGCUAUUAUUCUUCUCUACAAAGAAAUUGAGGGUAUAAGUAUGGCAGAAUUGGAGAUGUGACAGCUAUGGCUGGUAUGAGAGAAGCCUGCGGUUGAUAGAGAAGAAGGUUGGUGAUAUAUCUUUUUUAAUUUUAAUUUUUUUAAUUUUCUUUCGGGGAGGAGGUUACAAGGGUGGAGGUUGGAUAUGGGAGGACUAAGACAUGAGUGAGAUGAUGUUAAAAAAAAGGAAAGAUUGUUGAAAAAUAAAUAAACAUGAUUUUAUUCAGAAUUCAGAAAGUUACAAAAA